UUUUGAAGAAGUGACGUUAAUGAGAACAGUCUGAAGUUUGUCACACGAUAAGAACCAUGCGUAAGUCCCUGCGCUUAGUUUUCAUGGUGUGUUUUCUGUACAGUGUGAUAUACGCUGAGUCUUACCAGACCAAUACAGGUGUCAAAGACUCCGUUGCCUGUGCCGUUAACGAUGUCUGUAAAAGUGUGCACAUGCCACACAGCAUGAUCAACAACGACGUGUUCUGUUGUCUGAACGGCCAACUCCCAUCGGUGAACAUGAUCAACAUGGUGGUAUCCUGCACGUGCGACCCCUCCAGAACCAUGACCCCUGACCAGCUGGCGGAAACCUUGACAAAGACCUUCUCUUUUGUUGGCCAGACCGUGAAAAACUCGUUGACGUCCGUCGGACACACCUUGCAGAACGUCUUCACCGGGGUUAAAAACACCCUCAGCGCCGAAUUACAAAAUCUGUUUGGCUGAAUAAAUGUUCUUCAACGUG